GUGCGCAGGCGCGGACGGGAGCGCGCACCGAGGAGCCGAGGGAGGGGUCACGAACUCUGACCCCCCCCCACAUACCCAAACCCAGAAAGCUCCCUGCCCAAUUUUUUUUAAACCUCCCCCCUUCAGCUUUCUCCAACCUGUCUCUUCCCGGAGCCCCCCCGCCGCCCAGCAGCCGCUGCAGCGGGGCUGUCGUCUACGCCCGGCGAAGGACGUAGCUCGGCAGAGAAGCGCCGGACACUUGGCAAUUAAAUCAUGGCAACCAUAGAAGAAAUUGCACAUCAAAUUAUUGAACAACAGAUGGGAGAGAUUGUUACAGAGCAGCAAACUGGCCAGAAAAUCCAGAUUGUGACAGCACUUGAUCAUAAUACCCAAGGCAAACAGUUCAUUCUGACAAAUCACAGUGGCUCUACUCCAAGCAAAGUCAUUCUGGCCAGGCAAGAUUCUACUCCAGGAAAAGUUUUCCUCACAACCCCAGAUGCAACAGGUGUCAACCAGUUUAUUUUUACAACUCCUGAUUUGUCUGCACAACACCUCCAGCUCUUAACAGACAGUUCUUCCUCCGAACAAGGACCAAAUAAGGUUUUUGAUCUUUGCGUAGUAUGUGGAGACAAAGCAUCAGGGCGUCAUUAUGGAGCAGUAACUUGUGAAGGCUGCAAAGGAUUUUUUAAAAGAAGUAUCCGAAAAAAUUUAGUUUAUUCAUGUCGAGGAUCAAAGGACUGUAUUAUUAAUAAACACCAUCGAAAUCGUUGUCAAUACUGCAGGUUACAAAGAUGUAUUGCAUUUGGAAUGAAACAAGACUCUGUUCAGUGUGAAAGAAAACCCAUUGAAGUAUCAAGAGAAAAAUCUUCCAACUGUGCCGCUUCAACAGAAAAAAUCUACAUUCGAAAAGACCUUCGAAGCCCAUUAGCUGCAACUCCAACUUUUGUAACAGAUAGUGAAACUGCAAGGUCAGCAGGACUGUUAGAUUCAGGAAUGUUUGUGAAUAUUCAUCAGUCUGGCAUAAAAACUGAGUCAACUGUGCUGAUGACACCAGAUAAGGCUGAAUCAUGUCAGGGAGAUUUAAGUACAUUGGCAAGUGUGGUUACAUCAUUAGCAAACCUUGGAAAAACUAAAGAUCUUUCUUCAAAUAGAAAUGAAAUGUCUAUGAUUGAAAGCUUAAGCAAUGGUGAUACCUCUUUGUGUGAAUUUCAUCAAGAAAUGCAGACUAAUGGUGAUGUUUCAAGGGCAUUUGACACUCUUGCAAAAGCAUUGAAUCCUGGAGAGAGCACAUCCUGUCAGAGCUCAGUAGAGGGCAUGGAAGGAAACGUACAUCUAAUUGCUGGAGACUCAAGUGUAAAUUACAUCGAAAAAGAGGGGCCACUUCUCAGCGAUUCACAUGUAGCUUUCAGGCUCACCAUGCCGUCUCCUAUGCCUGAGUACCUGAAUGUGCACUACAUUGGGGAGUCUGCCUCCAGACUGCUGUUCUUAUCGAUGCACUGGGCACUUUCGAUUCCUUCCUUCCAGGCUCUAGGGCAAGAAAACAGUAUAUUAUUGGUGAAAGCCUACUGGAAUGAACUUUUUACUCUUGGUCUUGCCCAGUGCUGGCAAGUGAUGAAUGUAGCAACUAUAUUAGCAACAUUUGUCAAUUGUCUUCACAGUAGCCUUCAACAAGAUAAAAUGUCAACAGAAAGAAGAAAAUUAUUGAUGGAACAUAUCUUCAAACUACAGGAGUUUUGUAACAGCAUGGUAAAACUCUGCAUUGAUGGAUAUGAAUAUGCCUACCUGAAGGCAAUAGUACUCUUCAGUCCAGAUCAUCCAGGCCUAGAAAACAUGCAGCAGAUUGAGAAAUUUCAGGAAAAGGCUUAUGUGGAAUUCCAAGAUUAUAUAACCAAAACGUAUCCAGAUGACACCUACAGGUUGUCCAGACUACUACUCAGAUUGCCAGCUUUGAGGUUGAUGAAUGCUACUAUCACCGAAGAAUUGUUUUUCAAAGGUCUCAUUGGCAGUGUACGAAUUGACAGUGUCAUCCCACAUAUUUUAAAAAUGGAACCUGCAGAUUAUAACUCACAAAUAAUUGGUCACAGCAUUUGAAAACUGAGAUCUCAGUUUAAACUGAUUGUUCUUUCUUAGUAGAACACAAGAAGACACCAAAUUGAACUCAUUGCUUCCAGGGCAUCUGGAAGUUUUUACUUUAAAGAGUAACCAAAAACCAAGAUAUUUUUAUCUUCCUUAAGAAUUUUUGAAGUGACUGGGCAGGUAGCAGGAAUUAGAAUUUCCCUUCCUGUCUUAUUUGAGUGAGUAAAAAUACUAUGAUUUAUUCUUGGCUGAGAUGACACCUAGAGCCAUCACCUCUUUGACUGAGAUAUCUCCUUUUAUUUUAUAAAACAAAUAAGUUUCUCUUUUUUCCCC